UUGAAGCUCCGCCGGAAAAUGAAAGUGAAACUUAAGUUCUAUCUUUUCUUCGCACUGCCGUAGCCUUCUUCCAAAUGCGUACUCCUUUCUGUUAUUUUAGUAGUGUAUAAUGAGUUUAACUCAGCAGCGUGUGACUUCACGUUCACAAACGGGAAAAUUCAGUUAACAGUUAACCAGAAACAUGAGCACGUUCAAUGAACUGCGCUCUUUGUGCGCGUUUAUGCACAACACUGGAUGGACAGACUGCCUGGAUGCUCCGUCAGACGUUUGAUUUCAUUUGCUGAAGACUGCGAACGGUACGUGAAACUGAAAGUGAUGGCAAAUGGACCAGCCCUGUCCACUGUUGGAAGUGAUGAAAUUUACGUGGGAAGCGAAUUCAGAGAUUCCCUCUCACUCUUGGAUAUUCUUUAUGCAAAUCAGUUUGAAGGAGAGUCUUUCCAUCCAAAACAUCUUGAGCAGACGGAGGAAAAAUUUUACAGAGGAGCCCCGCCUGAAUGGUUAAACUUUCACUUAAGUGAACAGGCAGAGUCAGAUGGCACUGGAAGGCCUUUUAUUAAACGAGAUGGAUACGAUACACUUGUGCAACAAAUUGACCAAAGAAGAAAACUCCCUGGAACAUCAACUGUUAAACUGUUCCACCAGCCAGGAUGUGGGGGAACCACAUUGGCCAUGCAGGUGUUGUGGGACUUGCGGAAAACCUUCAGGUGUGCUGCUUUAACAGGCUCAACCUCAAACAUUACAGAUGUUGCAGAGGAGGUGGUCCACCUUUUCACAGCUGGCAGUCGAGGCCACCAGAAUACUGUGCUGCUGUUACUGAAUGAUGAGCAAAAUUUGGAUGAUCUGCAAGAAAAAAUUAUGAUGAAGAUUGCUGAACAGGAGAUAGUCACCAAUAUGCCUGUAGUGAUUUUCCUCAGCUGUAUUAGAAAUGAUGCAGUUCUGCACAGUGACCAUGUUUUCCUACAGGAAGUGCUUUCUGAGUCAGAGAAGCAAAAGUUUAAUGAGAAAAAGGAGGAGCUCAGCACAAAAUACGGUGAUAAAUCGAAGAAGUUCCAUGGCUUUAACAUAAUGCAAACUAGUUUCUCUCAGGCUUACAUCCAGGAGGCCUGUGCUGUGUUCAAAACAAUCAAGAGAGCAAACAAAUCACAGAAGACCCAGCUUGCUGCCUUCCUGUCCCUGCUGAAUGCCUAUGUACCAGGCUCAUAUCUCCUGGAGUCUCAGUGCCUGGACUUAUUCAAAUGUGAAGACUCCAUCCAUGGAGACCUUUCAUUGGAGGACAGAAUGAAGCCCUUUAGUGAUCUCAUCAUCACCUUCCAACGAGAUACCAGAUCUGAAAAAAGAGUCUGCAUGGCUCACCCUAUGAUAGCAAAGUGUUGCACUGAGAUGAUGGCUGAGGCAGGUGUGACCAGAAGUGACACAACAAGAAACCUCCUGACCUGUUUGUGCAGCGAUGAGGUUCCUCCAUCUUUGCUUGGUUUUGUCAAAAACAUGUUAACCAAAAGAAGACCAAAACCAAAAGAAUGUAAAAUUGAAGAGAGCCCAUUCAAAAAUACAGAGAGUGAAGAGGACAAAGAAAAGUUUUCUAGACUGAUUCUCGACAUUCAAAAGAUGGAGGACAAGGCUCAGUGUGCAUCAGUUUUAAAGGUGGCAACAAAACAAUUUGAUCAGAAUCCAUUUUAUCCUCAGGCACUUGCUCGUUUCUAUUAUAUAGAAAUAAAAGACUACAACAAGGCAAUAAUGUGGGCAAAGAGAGCAAAGGAAAGAGAUCCCCAAAAUUCAUUUGUUGCUGAUACACUGGGACAAGUCUACAAGAACUGUUUGAAGAACAAAGAGCAUCCUGUCAAACCGAGAGCAAUUUUGCAACUGGCCACAAAAGCCAUUGAAGCUUUCAAAGAUGAAGAAGAACUUGCUGAAAAAGAACAUGGGACAGACGAGGAAGACGCUAGAAAGAUCAAAAUACCAUGUGUUUUUAACAUCAGAGGGCAGAUUGGUUACCUGCAGGUUUGCAACCUUGUGUAUGACCUCACAAAGCAUGCGUCCAUGAGCUCAGGCAACAAACUCCUAAAUGAUCUAAUAAGCAGAGACGAGGUUGAGAGAAAAUGUGCAUUUCUUGAUAAAUAUCUGACCUACUCAAAGCUUGACAUGAAGAAAGACGAUCCCUCAUACAUUUCUAAAGACAUCGCAGAAUGCUGCAGGAAAUAUGUCAGAGAUGAACAUUUCGAAGAAAAAGUCAAUGAUUUCAUCCAGAAGCUUAAACAAAUCCUGGCAGAAACGUCUGCUGGAGUACUCUUGUGUCUUGACAGAGAAUACACUGAAGCAGAGCUUAAAGAAGUCACUACAUGGUGGGAAGAAAUCUUUCUACAUUCCUCUUGCAAGUUUUUAAAUGCAUUUGGACAGAAAAUGCCACUGACCUCCAAAGACGCACCUGAGCUCCACAUGUUAGCCCUCCUCUUGUACUGGCCAACAGAUAGUCAAGACAAAUGUGUGUUUGACCUUAGUCAGUUAAUUCAGUGUAUGCGCUGUUCUUAUGACCAUGCGUAUAAGAAAUACUUUCGAUCAAGGUACCUCCGCCCUCUGUUUUUCAUUGGAAAAGGUCAAGAUCUGAACAGAAUUGUUCACAGAAAGGUCCUCGAGGGACUGGUUCUUAAGCAGAAUAAGGAAACAAUCCAAGAUUGGAGCAAUGAGAAGAUUUUCAAAGAUCCCAUUGUCCAAGCACUCCUUCUCAAAAUUGAUGGGGUGGUACAAAACUACAAAGUCUAUGCAACUGUUGGUGGCACAGCAACUGAAGUAGAUGCAAACCUACGAAACAGCCUCUGGAAACCACGCCAAGUUUCCUUUUACAUUGGAUUUACCAUCAGAGGACCUGUAGCCUUUUGCAUCCAGACAGAAACUGCGGAAAAGGCAGUGGAGGUCACAGAGAUGGAUUUCUCAAAACAUGGACAAACAAAACCAGAACUGUGUGCCUGGCUAAACACCACUAGAGCCUCAGGUCAGCAUUUUGUGGAUCGUCAUCAGGCAGCUCUGAUUAACAGAGUGAGCGACACAGGAUUCAUCCUGGGUAAACUCAAGGAUAGGGGAUUGAUCUCAAAGGAGAACUAUAAUGUUGUGAGAGCUUUGAAAACCACAAAAGACCAGAUGAGCGGCAUUCUUCAGUGUUUGACUUCAGCCAGCUCAAGAGGCAAGGACGCCCUCUAUGAAAUCCUUAAAGGGAUGAGAAGCAUGAGGCCUCUCAUCCUUGAGCUUGAGGAAACUGAAUAAAGGAGGAACACGUAAAAUCCAGUCCAUCAUGUUGGUCAAGACUUGUUGCUGUUAAACAAAUGUGAUUACUUAGAUUUACGCCUAUUAGAUACACAGUUGAAUUUGGUUUCAGAAAAGGAAGUCAUCCAGUUCUGUCCCAGAGAUGAAGAAAUAGCCAGAAAAUCCUAUUGCGGAGGUGGUGGGCUGGGGUGGACGGAGGCAUGGUUGAAAAAUCCUAUGUUGUUGUUUAGGUUGGAGGACUUGUUGAAUAUGAGGUAUUAUUCAAACAAAUAUGAAAGCUUUUUGUCAUGAUCUAAAGGAGUCUGAACUGAGUUUAUGUCAGUUUGUCAUUGUGCUAAAAUUAAUAUAAAUAUUAUAUAUUAAAACAUAUACUGUUUUUCCUGAAGCAGUUAUCUUUCAAGUAGAGGGGAAGCAUGUAUGUUUUUCUUUGUAAUAAACAUUGACCAGAGUGGGGACAACAAGUUGAAGACAAAAAAUAAUAAAUUUCCACAGUGACAGUGGUAUAGUAACUAUAUAUGUCCAUGCUGCAUUCAUACCGUGGUCAUAUACCUAUUUAGGUCGCUUGGUCUCCUUGUGUAAUAAUGGUUGUAUAACAUCAAUCCUGUAAUGCACAAUCAAGUUAUAUACAUCGUUUUUUUGUUUUCAGGACAACUAUCAGAUGUGUGUGCUAUAGUGAUGUUUCUCAAUAGUUACGUGACAAGACAAAAUAAAAAAUAAAACAAA